AGCCUCGGAGAUCUCAGGUUGUCGCUGUCCUGAAACUAACUGGACCAACUUCACACCAGUUUUCCUGCACUUCGGUUUUCCUCUAUACUGUUGUAUAUCGCCAUGAACGCUUGUUUAUUUCUUCUUUUUCUUGCGUCUAUUGGGACCCAAGCAUAUAUUCGGUUGCCUGAGCUUGCAUGUCCUUCGGAUCCCGACGCAACUGUUCCCUGCGGAGAAGAGUGUAGCAGGGAUGCUGACUGCCGGCGAGGGGCUAUGUGUUGCACCGACUCCUGUGCCGGGAAGUCCUGCUAUAACGUGACAAAGUCGUGCACCGGAGUCGGAGGGAAGACGUACGCUCACCGCGACACGAUGAACCAUACCCGAGCUGUUGAUGGGGAAGACACCGAGUCCUGCGGGAUGUGCUGGUGUUUUGACGGACAACUGACCUGCUACAGACAUGAGUGCUAUGUUCCCGGUGGACCUCCACUGGCCCUACCUUGAGAAUUCAACAAGACAUGUCUUGAAUGGUGCGUCAACAAAAAAGGCAAUAAAAGUAUGGAUGUAUUUGUUGAUUUGUACAGUUCCUAACUGAAUUUGGGCUUCCGUUUUGCAUUAAAAUUAUUUGUUAAUGCCA